GACGGACUCCGCCACGAUGUACGGCCAGAUUUGGCGCCUCGUCCCCUACGCCUGCUCGCCGCUCCCGCCGAUCCGCGCCGGGGCGGGAAGGGGCGGCUGGCCGGCCGGUCGCCCCGCGCCGCUCCGCAGGCCGGCGCUCGCCUCCGCCUCCACCUCCACCCGAGGCCUAUGCCGCCCCCUCGCCGUCUCCGCCCAGUCGGCCAGCCUCGACGCCUGUUUGAGAGUGGAUAAGUUUUUCGAAGUUGAGAUGAAGGUGCGCGACUAUGAACUCGACCAGUACGGAGUUGUCAAUAAUGCUAUCUAUGCUAGCUACUGCCAACAUGGCCGUCAUGAGCUACUUGAGAGCGUAGGAAUAAGUGCAGAUGCAGUAGCUCACAGCGGUGAGUCACUGGCCCUCUCUGAGAUGCACCUCAAGUACUUCGCGCCUUUGAGAAGUGGUGAUAAAUUUGUCGUCAAGGUGAGGCUUGCAAGCAUCAAAGGUAUAAGGAUGAUAUUCGAGCACUGCAUUGAGAAGCUGCCCAACCACGAGUUGAUUGUGGAAGCAAAGGCGACAGCUGUUUGUCUUAACAAGGACUACCGCCCUACCCGUGUGUCUCCAGAGUUUCUGUCCAGGCUACAGCUGUUUUCAUCCAUGGACAAUAGUGGUUAAGUGACUACGCUGAUCGCAACAACAAUCUUCUGGGACGAUUCUGAUAGUGGCCAUGCGAUGAAGAGCUACGUUCAGUUUCUGUGUUGCAUCCAUGUAACUGCUAUUAUGAAUUACUCCCUCCGUCCCAAAAUGUAGUGUCAAAAAUUGUUGAGUGCUACUUGGAGUAAAUGUAUACAACCUCUGUUUUUUUAAUCUUCAAAACGCCGGAAUUCUUUUUUUU